AUGAACCGCUCAAGCGCCAUAAUAUACUUUAAAGAUCUCGGAGUUAGGAACCCCCCCCCACGAUGGGGCUUCAAAUCGGGGGCCGCGUCCUUAAAGGGCAUCCUGUGGGGAGGGACAAAUGUGCAAGGGAAGAGAUCCGCAGCCACCCUGGGACAGCUCAUCGACAGGAGGAAGAAAGAGUUAGACCUGUCCAUUAGUGAAGAAGUAAUACGAAGGUACAAAAGAGCAAACAUAAAGAAAAUACUCAAGGGGGAUAAGACCAAAUGUGGGGCUCUGCAACAGGGUGGUGCGAGAGAGACGGAGUGCCAUGCAGAGGAACCGCCCCCCCAUUUGCUGAGCUCCCUCGUUCGGCUUCCAAACUCAGAAAAAAAAGGUACACUUCUUCAUGGGGAAGACAAAAAAGUGCAGUGUUCCGCUCCCAUAAUUAAAAAAGGAAUGCUUGACGCACACCCAAGAGGGUUACACAAAAGGGAAGACACACAAGUAGAACAGGACGAACGUGUAAAGGAUGCGGUGGAUAAAUUAUUCACUUCAAGGGAAAAAAAAAAAAAUAUCAUGAAGAGAAUCGUUUUUAAAAGUUCCCACGAUUAUUUGGAGCUCGUUAAUAAAUAUGAAGAGGAAAGGGGUAGGGACGAUGAUAAGUUUUAUAAUUGCCUGAACAGUGCAGGUAAAAAUGGGGAUACAUUUUUUCACAAGGAAGGGGAAACAAACCCAUGUAGUAGUAAUAGUAGUUCUGCCCCCAUCGAUGACGGUUACCUGUUCGAGGUGGAUAAUGAUAUGAGUGGUGAAGCGAAUGUGCAUGUUGGUGUGGUCCAACCAAAGGAAAGUCAAAGAUUGAACGUCUCCAUCUUUUCAGAGGUAGGUAAAAGAGAAAUCCUCGAGUCAUGUAAAAGGAGAAGGAACAUGCAGAAUGAAAUAAACAAGAACAGUGAUGCGAAGAAUAUGUUUAAUAAGGAUAUAUAUUUUUGGUUGAAGCGGAAGGUGCACAGAUCCGUCGGGUGGCAGCUGACCCCAGAUCGUUUGAACAAAGGGGAAGAGGUGAUCGAUGUGACGGAGCUGACGUGCGCCACGGGGCAAUCCCCCCCGGAGGUGCAGACUCAGGGGUGCGCACAAGCUGUCCCCAAUGUGGACACCUACAUGCAUGCCGCUGUGCAGAGUAGCGUGAAGAGUAGCGUCAAGAGCAGCGUGAAUGGGAGCGUGAACGGCGAGGCAGACCUCUGCAUGGAUCGCGUAGUCGCGGAGGGGAAGGACCCCCCCACCAGGGGCACGUACUUGCAAAGGCGUGCGGCCCCGCUCCACUUUUUGAACAAACUUAGGGGGGAAGCGGACGACAGUGCUAGCAAUGGGGGGUGCGCUCAGGAGAGCACUCCGGACAGAACUGAGGGGGGAAGCCAGGACAGAAGCCAGGACAGAAGCCAGGAGCAUGCCCCCCGCGACGCCUACCAAGGCAUCUUACACAACACCACGAACGUGUUCAAGCAACUGCGAGAUAACUACGAGCUCUUCAAAGAAAAAAAUUUGUCACCGAACCUACUGGAGAGUUGUGAAAGGUACGUGAGUUACUACUACGGAAUUGAAAAGGAGGAAAAGAUUAAAGAGGUGCAAAAGUACCUAGACUUAAAUGUGUACGACAUGAUGAAGGAUGGGCGUUUCAGCAUAGAAGAUUACAAUCGCCUUUUAAAAAGCCAAAUUCUUUUUAACAAGGAAGAGGAGGCAUUUCGUAAUUUCAAUUUAUUCAAGCAGCAUGAUGUUCAGGUAAAUGUAGACACAUACAACGCGUUGAUGUAUGCCUCCAUUGUACACAAAAACGCAAAGCUAGGUCGAUUAAUUUAUUUACAAAUGGUAAAGGAUGCUGUGAACCCUAACCAAAAUACUUAUUGCAUUUUGAUUAAGGCACAUAUGUUAGACCAGGAUAUUCGAAGUGCUUUUCACCUGUACAGAAAAAUGAUUAAAGAAGACAUACCAGUGGACUUACCCAUUUAUUCUACCCUAAUCGAUGGGCUCAUUAAACACAAAUAUUACGAAAGAGCUGAGUCAUUUUUUAAUUAUAUAAUUAGUUACAGAGGUGUCACCCCUGAUGAGGUCCUCUACACCAUAAUGAUUAAAAAAUGCGCUUAUAAAGGAGAGGCCGAGAAGUGCCUUAACUUUUACGACACCAUGGUCAGCAACCAAAUGAAAAUUACAGACGUCACUCUGGUUGAAAUUAUUCACUGCCUUUCGAAGAGGAGAGAUUACUUUUCACAGGUUUUUCAUUUUUAUAAUAUUUAUUUGGCUAAUGAAAUGAGUGUGAACCACCGGCUGGUUCUGUAUUUAAUUGUUGCUUGCUCCACCACAGGGAAUGUAAAACGGUUGAAGGAAGUUUUGAAGAGUGCAAAUAGGUACCGAGUUAGAAUUACCGACGAGAUGUGCUGCUACAUCAUACGUACCUUUGCUAAUAACUGUCUCGCUGAAGGAAUCACACUCAGUGAGCGCCACAACAAUAUCCGGUACGCUUGGGCCGUGGUUCAAGAAUUGGUGCGUAGAGGGAGAGUAGCGGGUGUUAGCAACGCUGGGGGAGAUAAACGCAUCCAUGUUAGUGCCACCACUGAGGAAGAAGAGAAUGCACACACCACCAUGAAUAACACCUCUCAUGAUGGAGGAAUAAUUUCGCUCCCUAGUGGAACAAAAAUUUUGAAUAGCAUUGUACAGCUAUAUAUAAAUUGUGAUUACCACGAUUACGCCAUUAGCAUGCUCAAAUAUUAUACCCACUUCAAGUGCCUACCAGAUGUAUACACCUUCCAACUUUUAUACAACCUUUUAUUUUACAAGAUGGAAGACUAUGGGCGGGUUCUAUGUCUUUACGAUUACAUGGUGAAUCAAACAGGAGUGAAGGCAAAUGAGAAGACUCUGAACCUGGUUCUGCGUGCAGCCAUUAAAACGAAAUCUUCAAAAAGUACACUCUAUGUGUUGCGACAAAUGUAUAUAGCUAAGGUGUACCCAACGGCCAAAACCAUAAAGGAGCUAUACCAUGUCGGAAGACACAUAACUGAUAUACAAAUACUUAUUAAUAAUAUGAUCAAGCAACAGAAGAAGGAAAUUUAUGAAGAGAAUGUAAAGGAGAGUCAACUGAUUCAACUUAACAUUGGUGAGUAUGAAUUGAAUUUGUUUCGCGAGGGGAAGACUUUUAAAACGAAAUCUCAGUUGGACCAAGUGCGAGAACAAUUCUUUAGGAGGAAGGAGCGAGUCGAGAAGGAAAAACGCAUGUCCAAGGGGAAAAAAUCUUCAGACUGGCUGCCCUACGGCCAGUACCUCCAGCGCAAGCGCAAGGGUGGCGAAGCCUACGCACAACGUGUGGACCGCCCGAAGCCCCUACCCUCCUUUGCUUAG